AUGGCUUCUAUCCUUAGAAAAUCUCUAAAAAACCCGUUUUUAUCAGCAUCAAGAAUCACCACAAUACUCUGUUCUAAACCUACACCUACAUUACCUUCGCCACAUCAUCAUUCGUCCAGUAAUCUUGGUCAAAUCCCCUGUUUCUUUCAACAAGGAACAUUGGAUUCAAAUCUGAAUAAUGUUGGGUUUUACCCAAGUUUUUCUUUUGGGCAUUUCUUGAAUCCAGUUUGCCCAAAUGGGUUGGUUACAUUUGAGGAAGAUAAGGUUGUUGUUGAGGAUGAGUCAAAAAAUAAGAUUUGGGCUGAUAGUGUGAAGAAGAAGAGGAAGAAGAAGAUGAACAAACAUAAGUUGAAGAAGUUAAGGAAGCGCUUAAGGAGGAAGACAAAGGCAUAG